CUCACCUGUUCACUUCGCUUGAUCAAAGUAUUUAACUUUUUACUAUGGGUUUAAGUAGGAAUAUUGUCAGUUGUAUAAUUGUUGGUGAUGGUAUGGUAGGAAAAACAUGCUUAGCUAAGAAAUUUUGUGGACAAGAAAUUGCAGAUAAUUAUGUUGCAACCAUUAUGGAUACUUUUACUGGAACAGUAUCAGCUUAUGGACAAAAAUAUACAAUUAACAUCAAAGACACUGCAGGACAGUUUGAAGACUCUGAAAUGAGAGAAAUGGUUUACAAGGAGUCCAAUGUAUGUGUCAUCUGCUACAGCGUUUUAGACAGGGAUUCUAUGGAGAGUGUAAAAUCACUGUGGGUUCCAGAGAUUAAGAACUUUUCCAAGAAAGUGCCUAUUGUGCUUGUAGCUACCCAGUCUGAUCUCCGAGAGAAGGAUAAUACUGAUCAUAUAAAUAGAGCCGAAGGAUUAAAACUUUCCAAGGAAUUGGGUAUUGAACAAUUUGUUGAAACGUCAUCUUUUAAGAAUGAUGGUGUCAAAGAGGCAUUUGAAACUGUAGUGAAGGCCUUAGUUAUGAACAAGAAGCGUAAAGCAAAAUGGCUGAAGCCAGUAUUUGGAUCUUGAACUCAAAAUAUAAGUCUCUGCCCGGAGACUUGUACGUACAAAAUGAACUUCUGAAUACAUCAGACUAGGCACAUUCGAUGAAAUUCGAAAUGUCCGAGCGCAUGAUAACCGCACGUAUGAUGAUAGAGAUACAAAUAUAGAAACUUACUAUGUCUACCGUGUGACAUUGUAUGUACAACAUCAAUGGAAAUAGAAGCUAUUUUUAAAUAUAAAUUAUAAAGAUCUUAAGAUAAAGACAAAGAAAAACAAAACAUAUGUAAUUAGUAACAUGAACAAGCAAAUUGUUUUCCAAUAAAAUAAUUUGACAAUUUUUUA